GUCAGCGUGGUGAUGUCCGCUAGUGCGGAUGGGCGGCGCGGGCUGGGCGCGCGGCGAGGCGCGUGUUGCCGACGAUUCCGACUUUGAGACCUUAAAGAACCUCCUCUCUUCGGAAGAUGGCUGGACCUUAGAAUACGAGAAGGACGGAGUCAAAGUCUGGGCCGAGGAUGCAGCACACGGCGCGCUCAGGACGGUCAAGGUGGUGGCGGAAUUUGACGAUGUGGAGCCAGACGCGCUUUAUGAUGUACUGCACGAUCCCGAGUACCGGUCCGUGUGGGACACCCACAUGCUGGCCGCCGAGGACGCCGGCCACAUCAACGUCAACAAUGACGUUGGCUACUACGCAAUGUCCUGCCCAGCACCCCUCAAGAAUCGCGACUUCGUGUUGCAGCGUUCCUGGCUGGACACCGGCGAUGAGAAGAUGAUCCUCAACCAUUCCGUAUACCACAAGGAUUAUCCCCCUAGAAAAGGAUUUGUCAGAGCGAUGUCCCUGUUGACCGGCUUUGUGGUCAGAACGCGGCCGCAGGGUGGCAGCUACCUCGGCUAUGUUUCCCGCUCCGAUCCUCGAGGAGCAUUACCGGCGUGGCUUGUCAAUAAAGUUACGGCUCAGCUGGCCCCACGGCUGGUCCAGCAGUUACAUAUAGCAGCGCGCAAGUACCCCGGCUGGAAGGCCCUCACUGAGCUCCCAUAUCACAAGCCUUGGCGCCAUCCUGACCAGGUGCCAUCCUACAGGAUCUCUCUUGCUGACUGCGUUGACCCUGAUGCUCCACCACCACCAGAGGAACCGAAAGCUGACACGUCAAAGUCAAAGUUAGAAGUACCACGUCCAAAAGGAAUCGAGAGUCACAGCGUCGAAGACUUAGGAGAUAUAUCGUCAGAGUUUAGUGUCGAGGUGGACGAAGAUAUGUCAGACCUUACGUUAGACCCCACAAAGAAACGGGGCAAGUUCUACAAGCUAGUUAAAUCAAUGAAAAACAGACGGAAAAGUGUGCAAGUCGCGAAGAGCGCUGAUAACCUUCUCGAGGGGAAACCAGAAGACAAGCAGGAAAAGAAGAAGGGCUUUAAAUUUCACCGCAGAUUCAGUCUUAGCAGAGGAAAAGAAGAUUGAGCUCAUUUGACCAUUGGUUUCAUGGUAAUAAAUUAUUCUCAUUCAAUCACUUGGGAGAUCUUCUACAAACCUUGAAUGUGGUGUGUGUGAUUUUGAAAGUGUCAGCUUAAAGAAGUGUCAGAUUAUAAGAGUGACAGAUUUAUAAUGUGUCAGAUUAUAAAUAACAUAUUUUUUUUAAGUACAUUGUUUUUUAUAAAAUAAGACGAAAGGGGGAUGUGGGUGCUUUUUUGUCUUAAUAUAAUUUUAGAUUGUUUUUUUUUAUGAUUUUCUUUUAAUAUUUAUCUGGUUAUCGAUUUUACAAUGAUUACUACUGAAAUAUUACUGUUUGUAACAUAUCAGAUAUGAGACGCACACUAGUCAGUGUUUGGUAAUCGAUGUGUAUGUGUAUUAACAUUUUCAGUUUGGGACCUACUUUCUAAAUGAACUAACGGAUAAGGUAAUGUAAUAUCAAUGAAUGUUAGUUACGCUCGAAGUCAUGUGUUUGAUGAUUGAAAUACUGAAGAGAAAAGAGAGAGAUUCGUUUAAUAAUUAAGAGUUAUAAAUUUUUGGUAAGGAAUAUAGAACUGUUGAAAAAAAUAUUUGCUACAAAAAUAAGAUUUUUAUUAAAAAUCUCACUACAAAUUCUUUAAAUAGAUAAAAAUGUU